CUCAGGCGCGUACACAGGGGGGUACACAGCCCCCCCCCCAAACCCCACCCCCUAGUAAUUCCUGUGUACACUCCCGUAUAUAGUUGCACAUCUCUGGUUACUAGCGCAUGGGACUUUCAGUUUUCCUUGGUUCACGCUGAGGGUUGAAACUCUAAUAAGGAAUUAUGCGUGUAGCCUACCUGUAGGCUUUAGAUGCUAUUUUCGGCAAUAAAAACCCUCGAAAUCUUGAAAUCGUAGUUCGUGGCCGGAUGCUGUUUUCGGCGAUCGUGGCCGCCAUCUUGGAUUCGAGUGACAAAAGAUGAGAGGCGCCGGGGCAGGCGGAGGCGCCAAAAACAGCAUCUAAAGCCUACCCCACCCUCCCCCGCUGGCGCCUCUUAUCUUUUGUCACUCGAAUCCAAGAUUGCGGCCACGAACUACGAUUUCGAGGGUUUUUAUCGCCCAAAACAUUAUCUAAAUCCUACCCCCCCCCCUCCCCCCCCCCCAUCCCCCGGCGCCUCUCAUCUUUUGUCACUCGAAUCCAACAUGGCGGCCACGAACUACGAUUUCGAGGGUUUUUAUCGCCGAAAACAUUAUCUAAAUCCUACCCCACCCUCCCCCUCCCACCCCCCGGCGCCUCUCAUCUUUUGUCACUCGAAUCCAACAUGGCGGCCACGAACUACGAUUUCGAGGGUUUUUAUCGCCGAAAACAGCAUCUAAAUCCUACCCCCCCUCCCCCCCAUCCCCCGGCGCCUCUCAACUUUUGUCACUCGAAUCCAACAUGGCGGCCACGAACUACGAUUUCGAGGGUUUUUAUCGCUGAAAACAUUAUCUAAAUCCUACCCCACCCUCCCCCGGCGCCUCGGCUAUUAUGCGUGAAAAUUGCUGAUGUCCUUUAUAAGAGGGAUACCAAAAAUACCAACGCUUUGAAUAAUAUAGAAAAACAGAUUUCAGGGGUAGAUCAAGCUUUUCGCUAAAGAAGGGGGGGGGGGUGGCUCAGUGACACAGGGGAGAGGGGGGUAUUUUUUUUCGUUACAUAUGGCUAUCUGACAUCCCAAAAGGGUGGGGGGGGGGGGGUUAAACCCCCCAAACCCUCUCCCUAGAUCGGCUACUGGAUUUAACAUAUUAAAUAUCUCUACAUAUGAAUCUAUUGUAAAGUCUCGACAGGCCAAUUUUUGCUUGACUGCUACAGUUUUGAGUUUUUCUUGGGCUUGCUAGUUCAAUUUGUAGGGAAAAAUUUAGUUAUCGGCUAGUUAUCAGCUAUUAAAUAUUAGCUCCCAUUGUAUUGUAACGUCUAAUCCGAGUUCAAUAAAUUGUAUAAGGUUAAAUUCAGGAAUUUUCACUGUCUAAUUCGAUAUGAUCACAAUAAGGCUGUCCAAUUAAUGUCAAUGUGAGCAGCAAAUAUGUCAGGCAAUUUUGACAUUACAGUUUCGUGUAUAAACAUAUUUACGUAUUCAAUUCUAUUUUUCAAUAAAAUUUGACUUCAACUUUGAAAGAUUUUUGAUUAAUGAGCGAUCAUAAUUCUCCGUUAAUUCUAGUUCAUGAUAAAAUAUUUUUAUUCUUUUAAAUUAGAAGAGAAAUUUCUCGCUAUAAUUUGAUAAUAUUUUUUUCAAUUAAACCAUAUGUAGCUACGCAAUUUUUAAUAAAUAAACCGAGGUUCUGGUUAAAAAAUAUUUUUAUUCUUUAAAAUUAGAAGAGAAAUUUAUCGCUAAAAUUUGACAAUGUUUUCAAUUAACCAUAUGUAGCUACGCAAUUUUUAAUGCAUAAACCGAGAUUCUGGUCAACGUAUGUUUGGGGAAUAAACGUUUUCCUUUGCUUUGUCAUUGUAAAUGAGACUCGCACAAUUAUUUCAGUCCUUUAUAUUCGUGCGUAGUUCGUCACCUCGCCGGCACUAGUGUCAACAUUUAUGGGGAUAAAGACAAAUGAAUUGACAGGAAUAUAACCAAUAUUUCGCGAAAUCAUAAACUCGAGGAUUUUGAUAACUGGAACAUAAUAUGAUCUUUUCAUUUCUAUUUAGAUAUCAAAUGUCUUCGGUAAAUCUAACUACUUUUGAUUUUCCGAAAUGGAAAAAAAUCACUUUAUAUCGAAUUCUCAAUUCGUCGAAUCCUGGUAUGAAAUAACAAUAACAUAUAUAAUAGAUCCAUUAAUCAUAGAGAUCCAAGAACUGUGAAAUUCUAUACUGUAAAAUUUAGUUGUUUGCCUACAGUUUGUCAUAAAUGACACAUUUUCAUUUCCUUUCUCAUAUUUGCCUAACUCCAAUUGCUUUCAACCAAAUACUUAAGCUGCAUGUUUCUAGGGGGACCAGCUCUCGACUGGCUAAUCGAUUCGCUCUUUCAUUCUUAUUAGGCAAUCUGCAAUAUUGAGACUAUUCUAUUUGGUACAAUUUUAAUACUCAACUGCCCACAGAUGUUGAGCCUAAUCAUGUGGGAACCCUUAGGUUAGGAGCAAUAGCCGCAAGGCCGACGUUUCAGAUCUUCGAUUACCACUAGAAAAGAACAAAACAUCGCGUUUCGAGUAUCUAUUGAAUUAGGGUUGACUUCAUCAAGACCUAGACUGUUAUGGAUAACCACACGGAUUCUCUAGAAGAAUUAUUGGUCUCCAUUGCACCGAUACAGUUGGCGGAAGCCGUCGUUAUUGUGAUCGUAAAUUCACUAGCGCUCGCUGUUUUUCUGAGCAAGUCUUUUCGCAUCAAGAAGUCAAGCUAUCUACUCGUCAACCUAACUGUGGCGGAUCUGAUGGUUGGGCUGACUCUCUUUGGACUUGCGCUAUGUUCUCUUGCUGGUCCAACGUUACUCGAGAAAUAUCGUUACAUUUGGUCAGUAGCUAAUGGAAUCUCAGUCGAUGGUUCGCUGUUUUCAUUCACCGUUAUUGCGAUUGAGCGAACGUACGCCAUUUUCGCGCCAUUCAAGCAUCGCCAACUUACGGCCAAACACUACACGUUGGCAAUUUCAAUGAGCUGGCUACUUUCUAUUUUAUUAGAAAUUCCGAUAAUGCUCAAAAACGCAAAUAUUUUGGCCGUGACAACAACUUAUAUUUUCACAGUUCGAUCUAUAAAGAUAGUUCUGGCAAUCAUUGGUCUUCUCAUGGUCGUGGGUUGUUACAUGGCGAUAUGGAUCAAAUUGAAGUUCUGCAAUUCCUCCCCAAAUGCCCGUUUCGCUCGCAGCAACAACAAACUGACACAAACUCUAUUCAUUGUGACAGUGCUUUCAUUCCUCUGUUAUCUCCCAAUGGCUGCUUAUACUAUUUACUAUUUUUGGUUUGGUUCACCGCAAAGACAGAUCUACCAAUAUUGUAUUAUCCUACUACAUGUAAACUCAUUUGCCAACUUUUUGGUUUAUUCAUAUCGGAUUCCUGAGUUUAGGAGGGAACUUUGGAGGAUUUUGUGCAAGUGCUUCUCGACAAAGACAGGGGAAAAUCAAAGUGGAGAAAUACAAGAGAUUCCUAGUUAUCUAAGGCGCACAAUACAAUCCACAGGACAGCCUUCGCUUAUCAGAAUGAGCACUUUAAACUAAUCACUGAAGAACUAAUUCUCACUUCUUUUAUACAACGCUUUAGACUGACAGAUUAGGCAAAAAUUACCUUGGACUAAGAACAUGAUUUUCCAAAUCCAGGAAAACUUGUUUGAAUAUGAAACAACCGAAAUUACAAAUGUUAUUGUAUGUUCUUUUUUGCAAAAUUUGAGCAAAAAAUUCCUUUUUUUAUCUUACGGCGAUUAUCAACCUUAUAAAUCCUUGUAAAAUUGGUAAAUUUGAAUGAAUCUAUUCAAUAAAAUAAUGAACAACUAAUCAAAGAUAACAGUAGAAUCAUUCAAUCUAGUCUGCAUCAAUCCAACGUGUUGAGUCGAUCCCUCAAAUCGAUUCAGUAGGUCAUAUGACAGAGCAAGACACAUGGCAAUGUAUGGUGCCAGCAAAUACGUGCAAAAGAGCGGGUACCGAAUGCAAAAGGCUAUUAAAAAUGCUGCUACGAUACUUAGAACCGUUCAUUCCUAUUUCCCCAUAAACUGUAUAUUUAAAUGUGCAUGGCCAGGAUAUUUUCUAAGACACAGACUACCACAAAUAGAGCCAUCGAAAUUCUUUAUCUACCCAACCUGCAAGUUAAGAAUGUUUUUCAGGAGAAAAGUGUAAAACGUGCGUGGUGCAAAGGAAAAAAAGAUACGAGUGUUACUUAGCCACAGAAAGCCCCCUCUCAACAUCGCCGUCUGGCCAAGCAAGCCUUAAUAAUUGGGAUAAUUUUGCAGAAAUUUUAAAUUCAAAAUUAUUGACAGGCUAUUGAAAUUGGGAUAAUUUUGCAGAAAUUUUAAAUUCAAAUUAUUAUUGACAGGCUAUGGAAAACUAAGUGACUUUGGAGACCAAUGUUUGAUUCAUAUUUUGUUAUCUUUGAUCUGAUCUGAUCUGC